CUCAUCUUUUCUCUAUAUAUUCAAGGUUUCACUUUAGAACAAAGUUAUAUGCACCCAAAGAUGGCCGUAAAACUGUCAAAUGAUCAAAUCAACGAGUUUCGUCAAGCAUUUUCGAUGAUCGAUAAGGAUUCCGAUGGAUUAAUUAGCACAGAUGAUCUGAUAGGUGUGAUUCAAACAUUGAAUGAAAACGCCACUAAUGAAGAGGUCCAAGAAAUGAUGAACGAAGUUGAUUCAAAUGAAGAAGGCACAAUCGAUUUCCAGGAUUUUCUCACUAUCAUGUCUAGAAGAGUGAAAGAAGACGUGAGCGACGAGCUUAAAGAAGCUUUCGAAGUUUUUGAUAGGGAUCAAGAUGGUUACAUUUCACCCGAUGAGUUAAGAAAUGUGAUGAUAAACUUGGGUGAGCGAUUAAAGGACGAAGAAUUGGAGCAGAUGAUACGAGAAGCGGAUCUUGAUGGCGAUGGCGUGAUUAGCUAUGAGGAGUUCGUUAGAGUUAUGAUGAAUGCCUCAUGAAGAAGCAAAAGAUGGCAGUAUGUCUCAACCAACAAAACCAUGUUUGAUGUAUGGGUCAAACAAAAAGCUAAUCAAGUUAAUCUUUGCCAAAAAAUUCGCAGCGAAAUGUUUUUUGUUUCUUUCUUUCGUUUUAUUGUUGUUAAUUUUCGAUAUGCUGUUGUAUUAAUUUUAUGAUUAAGGUUAAAAUACCUGUUUUUGUGGGAUCAUAAAUAGUAUCCCAUUAGUUUCACAUGAAAUAAAUAAAUCAACAUUAUCAGGUUUUUUAUAUUA